CUAAAAUUCCUGCCCGCACGCAACAACAACUCAAAAACCCAAUCACUAAACCCCCUCCAUUUCCUCUCACUUUCUCACCUCCCAAUCACCAUGAUCACCGCCACACUUUCCCUCCUCUCUCCAGCACUCCUCACCAGAAAACCCCCAAUCCUAACGACCACCGCCCCUCUCUUCCCCUCUUCCCUCAAACUCACACCAAUUUCACACAAUUUCACCUUCAAACUCCCACCAAAAAGGUUCAUUCCCAAAGCCGACGACGGAGACGCAGAUGGAGGGCCAGAUGACUAUGACAUGGACGAGGAAGAAGUGGAGGAACUGGACAAUAAGAAAGACUACGACGUUGAGUACGAACCUUUGUCUGCUUCAGCUAUCGCAGUUGGUAACGAAGACGAGGAGAUUUCUAUGGUGAAUAGUAAGAGUUUUGUGCACACACAAGGCUGGGAUUCUGAGAAAAUUGUCGAUUAUAGGAUUAACGAGGAAGAAUUUCAUAAAAUUAGCUUGUUCGAUUGUGACUUCUUUAUUAGGAAGCCGCCUGACCCUGACGAUGACGUCUAUGAUUUUAGAGAGAUGUAUGUUACUCCACCGGAUACAGAUGUUUAUGCUAUACCGAAGGUUCUUGCUCCAAUGCCUCAAAAGUACAUACGAUGCGCAGAGACUGACUAUGGAGGUUAUAAUGUUACUGAACCACCCAUCGAUGCGCCUCGAGAUCCAUUUUAUAAAUCCGAGAGGGAGAUCUGGAAGGUGUUCUUGUUUAAGCAUUACAGGAACCGGAGGUUGGGGGAUCCUGAUUUUGUGCUAGACUUUGACGAGAUUUACGUUAUUGAUUCCAAAACAAAGUCAAUAACAAGAGCAAAAGUACUGGUCACAGUUCCUGGAGGAAGAAAUAGGGAUAGAAAGACCGACUUGCUUGUAGUGCGCGAUAAAGGGACCUCAUUCAAAAUAAUCCAUUCGAGUGAAAGGGAUGACCCCACCACUAUUAUAGAGAAGGAAGAGUGGGCAAGGUCUAGACAAGAUAUGGAGAGGCAUCUCAGAAAGUUACGGGACUUUGAUGUUUCAAAUUGGUUCUAAUUGAUCAGCGUUGGAGAUGAAGCGCAUAUAUAAAGAAACGUGGUCAGAACAAGUGCAGAUGCACUGAGGUUUGAACUUCAUCAUAUAUUAGCAUCCUGGACCUCCUCAUCUCUAUUACCAAGAAAUUUCUGAUGAUGCCAAAAUUUUUAAGAAACUCGUGGGACAUGAGAAUGGCACUGUCCCUCCUUUGCACUUUAAUUUGCAAGUGUUGGUGAUCUGCCUAGUCUUGUAAUUAUUCUGUGUCUGUUGUUCUCAGCCAGUGAUCGUUUUACUAGAGCUGGAAUUGGUCAAAUCCGUAACUAUGAAGAACAGCCGUCUGGUGGGGUUGAUGAUGCCUUACAACAGAUUGUUAGGACUAUCAUCACGAAUGCCCAACUUCCCCAUGUACCAGCUAUAUAUUCCAACAUGCUUUGCAAGACUGAUUCUAGAUUUCUGUUCAAAAUUGCUCAAUUUUUGAUAUGGACCUUAUUCUCAAGGCAUGAUCUUGGAUAAUCAACUGAAUUCAUUUGCUUUU